AAAAGUCCCGAACGGGGAGAAUCUAUUGUGGAGACGAGAGAGACAGAAACAGACGCAGAGGGAUACAAAUGGAUACUUAAUAAAAGACACGACAUUUCACUAACUGCAGGUAUUACAGUUGGUGGGGGGAAGAAAAAAAAAGGACCGUGGCGAUAUAUAUAUAAAAAAAAAAAAAAUCGGAAAGCUCCUAUAGACGAAUGUUUUUUUUGUUUUUAGCCGACAUCACAACUGUUACUUUCACUAGCUAGCAGGCUAGCUGGCUAGCUCCGAUGGAUACGAGCUCGGAACGGAUAGCUCGUUGAAACUAUUCUCCUGUAAGGAUUUAUAUCGGCAACGGGAAAAACAUUUAUCUUGUUGUAGUCCGUUAUCGUCGGUAAUAUGAAAAAAGUCUCCGUAUGAAUGGUUAUCUAAAGUGAACGCUAAGCGAGCUACUGCUCACCACACCGUCAACAACAACAACAACAAGAAAGUCAGGCUCACCGGUCGAGGCUCAAGGUUCAACAGACGGAGAGAACAUGACUCACAGGCCCGUGCCAGAGCUUGGCAUGGGGCUACUGUGCCAGCCUCUCCCCAACCAGGCCCUCUGAUACCCCAGUGAAACAUGACAGAGAGGCUGUGAGGCUAGGAUAGCCCCGUCCCGUCCCCCGUCCCGACAAUACUCUCAACAGUUUCCCCUAACCCCUAAACUCUCCAUCCUGCCCCACCAUGCUGCGUUUCCUGCCUCUGAAGCUGGGUCGUCUCUACCGUUGUCUGAAGCUUCUAUUGGUGGUGGGCCUGUUUGUUAUCCUACUGAUGAACACCCACAACCUGUUCGCUUCCUUUCAGAAGAACGAGCUGACGGACCGCCGCUUCAUCAACCUCAACAAGUGUCCCGCCUGUUUCGGCACCAGCUGGUGCAGGAAGUUCAUGAACGGCCAGGUGUCUUUCGAGACCUGGGGACGUUUACGCUUCCUGGAUGUCUUCAACGUCAAGAAUGUGUAUUUCGCCCAGUACGGAGAGCCGCGCGAAGGGACGAGGCGAGUGGUGCUCAAACGCCUAGGAUCCAAUCAAGAGCUGGCGGACAUUGACCAGAAGAUAUGUAAGAGGGCUACGGGCCGGCCGCGAUGCGACCUCAUCCAGGCCAUAUACAAGACGGAGUUCGCCAGGCUGAACGGGGACGUGAGGCUGCUGACCCCUGAGGUGGUAGAGGGCUGGUCUGACCUGGUGCACUGCCCUUCCCAGAGGCUACUGGACAGGGUGGUACGGCGCUACGCUGAGACCAAAGACUCUGGCAGCUUCCUGCUGAAGAACCUAAAGGACACAGAGAGGAUGCAGCUACUGAUGACUCUGGCAUUCAACCCCGAGCCCCUCGUACUACAGAGUUUCCCUUCAGACGAGGGCUGGCCGUUCGCCAAGUACCUGGGAGCGUGUGGUCGUGUGGUGGCGGUGAACUACGUCGGCGAGGAGCUGUGGUCUUUCUACAACGCUCCGUGGGACAAGAGGGUUGACCUGGCCCGACAGCUGAUGGACAUCGCUGAGCAGCUCACCAACAACGACUUUGAGUUCGCCCUCUACCUGCUGGACGUGAGCUUUGAUAACUUUGCCGUGGGGCCGCGGGACGGCAAGGUCAUCGUGGUGGACGGUGAGAACGUCCUUGUGGCCGACAAGAGACUGAUCAAACAAAAUAAACCAGAGAACUAUGACGUUUGGUACGAGAGUCGCUUCGAGGACUGUGACAAAGAGGCCUGCCUGUCCUUCUCCAAGGAGUCUCUGUGUAACCGCGUCACCGUGGACCACAACUACUACGCCGUGUGUCAGAACCUGCUGUCGCGUUACGCCACGUGGCGAGGGACCACCGGCGGCCUGCUCCACGACCCCCCCGCCCACAUAGCCAAAGACGGCCAGCUAGAAGCUCUGUUGGACGAAUGCACCAACCCUAAAAAACGCUACGGACGCUUCACGGCCGCCAAGGAGCUGAGAGACUACCUCACCCAGCUAGUGGCCGCCUCCUCCGUCACGGCGAGGUAAUGAACAGAGCUGGCGGUUAGCGGUGGCCUGCAUCUCGGCCGGGCGGUUGAUCGGGGUUAGGUUUGGGUUUGACCCCCCCCCUCCUCCCCCCUGACCUUGUCCCCGGGAACGUUUGAACCUUGACACUCACUUCAAGUCCAGGAGGUCUCCGCCCCCCACUGGUCACACGACGGCAGAAGCUUUGAUCGGUCCUCUCCUCUCCUGGUGGAAACCAACCAGGACAGCUUCAGAGGAGAUGUUUAAACUGAACUGACUGUGGUAGCUGGUCAGAAUGAAGUGGUUUUGAGCUGAAGGACCAGGAGAAAGAGGAUCAGCGACUAAGGGGAGCUUUAACCCGUGGUUAGGUUAACAUGGACUGUACAUGACUUCUCUCCUCCGCCAAGCCCAGACCCUCUCUGUUUAUCCAUCAGGACUCUUGUGUUUGCUAACAUUUUAUCUUAACCAUUUUUUUUUGUUUUGGGGGGGGGUUGAUUGAAUCAGAACAGGAGCAUGAUUACAUUUCUGCUGGGGUGUGUAUGGUCUGGCAGGAGGAGGACGGUCACUAGCUCAACUCUGCUAGUUUUCCCACAUAGAGACCUGAGCACCGCAGGGUUAACAGAGGAAGGAAAAAGCCCUUGGCUAUAAAAAAAAAAGCCCUUUUACUUCCUGCUACUCUAAUCGAUCACUUGAUUUCCAGUUCCCCUGAAGUCGGGCAAUCAACGUUUUUAUAUAGGGAGGGAGGAAUAGAAAAGUAACAGGAUAGUGAUGCCAAUGAGGACUGUGGUGAGGACUAUGGUGAGGACUGUGGUGGUGUCUGAUAUUAGAUGUUGUGUGUGUGUGUGUGUGUGUAUAUAUAUAUAUAUAUAUAUAUAUAUAUAUACAUACAUACAUACCAAAGAGGCUAUAUGAAACACUGAACUACCCCCCAGUACCAUGACACAGUGCUGUUCUGAUCCUGUAUGACUGCCCACAGGAACCUUCCAUCUGUCUAGCAACACAAUCUGCAUAGGAACGAUUUGUAUGAAUCCAACUUAAGCCCAGGGUUAACCAAGCUCCCUUCUCUGUGUUAAAUCACAACUAAGCCCAGGGCCAGGGUUAACCAAGCUCCCUACUCUGUGUUAAAUCACAGCUAAGCCCAGGGUUAACCAAGCUCCCUUCUCUGUGUUAAAUCACAGCUAAGCCCAGGGUCAGGGUUAACCAAGCUCCCUACUCUGUGUUAAAUCACAGCUAAGCCCAGGGUCAGGGUUAACCCAGCUCUCUUCUCUGUGUUAAAUCACAGCUAAGCCCAGGGCCAGGGUUAACCAAGCUCCCUACUCUGUGUUAAAUCACAGCUAAGCCCAGGGUCAGGGUUAACCCAGCUCCCUUCUCUGUGUUAAAUCACAGCUAAGCCCAGGGUUAACCAAGCUCCCUACUCUGUGUUAAAUCACAGCUAAGCCCAGGGUUAACCAAGCUCCCUACUCUGUGUUAAAUCACAGCUAAGCCCAGGGUUAACCAAGCUCCCUACUCUGUGUUAAAUCACAGCUAAGCCCAGGGUUAACCAGGCUCCCUACUCUGUGUUAAAUCAGUGAUUAACUUCAAGAGAUAAAUAAAGGAAGGAUGGAUGCAUUUUCAAAGUAUUCAAACAGACCCUAAGAUUUGGGCCACAGUAUGAAUGUCGCAUUGCCGUUGCAGAUGGACUGCAGUACCUACAGAGGCUGUAAUUGAUAAAUGACUCCAUGUCUGACUGUUUGAAAAGGGAAAUGCUGAUCCUGUCUUGUUCUGUGCGUUUUAUCUACUUCCUCAACAACCCAGAUUUGGCUCCUCACAUGUUGUAAUUUCACAGCUCUGAGUUUUGGGUUCAGUAUUAAACGUUGCCUCCUCACCGCUCAGCGUCACUUUGAGCCAUCAAGCUUUAAAUGGGCUGUAUUUUUCAUCUCCAACAAAUUAGUACAUUUGGGUUGAUUUUGCACUUGGUGGACCAAUAAAUUAAAGCCCAAGUAAUCAUCAUGUACUGUAUGUUAAUUUGAAUAGUGAGAAGUUUUUGUUGUAGCUCAGCGUCCUUUCAUCUCAGAGCUAGAGAACAGAAAAACAACGUCCUUUCGUCUCAGAGCUAGAGAACAGAAAAACAACGUCCUUUCGUCUCAGAGCUAGAGAACAGAAAAACAACGUCCUUUCGUCUCAGAGCUAGAGGACAGAAAAACAACGUCCUUUCGUCUCAGAGCUAGAGGACAGAAAAACAACGUCCUUUCGUCUCAGAGCUAGAGGACAGAAAAACAACGUCCUUUCGUCUCAGAGCUAGAGGACAGAAAAACAACGUCCUUUCGUCUCAGAGCUAGAGAACAGAAAAACAACGUCCUUUCGUCUCAGAGCUAGAGGACAGAAAAACAACGUCCUUUCGUCUCAGAGCUAGAGAACAGAAAAACAACGUCCUUUCGUCUCAGAGCUAGAGAACAGAAAAACAACGUCCUUUCGUCUCAGAGCUAGAGGACAGAAAAACAACGUCCUUUCGUCUCAGAGCUAGAGAACAGAAAAACAACGUCCUUUCGUCUCAGAGCUAGAGGACAGAAAAACAACGUCCUUUCGUCUCAGAGCUAGAGGACAGAAAAACAACGUCCUUUCGUCUCAGAGCUAGAGAACAGAAAAUCAAUGUCCAACAGUCAGUGCUGUACACUACAUUCUAUAUAGACAGUGUCCCCCCCAAAGGGUACCCUAUUCCCUAUAUAGUGCACUACUUUUGACCAAAGCCCUCUGGCUCUAAAUCGGGAAUAGGGUGCCAUUUGAGAGGUCUAUAAACACAAUCAGAUUAGUAAUUUACAGUCAAUACAAUCCACCAUACAGUACAUGUACUGUUUCUUAUGUAGUGCACUACUAUAGUAGCCUAGCUAAACCAGCCUGGUUCUAUAUAGGGAAUCAGGCUGGUUUAGCUAGGCUACUAUAGUAGCGCUCUAUAUAGGGAAUCAGGCUGGUUUAGCUAGGCUACUAUAGUAGCGCUCUAUAUAGGGAAUCAGGCUGGUUUAGCUAGGCUACUAUAGUAGCGCUCUAUAUAGGGAACCAGGCUGGUUUAGCUAGGCUACUAUAGUAGCGCUCUAUAUAGGGAAUCAGGCUGGUUUAGCUAGGCUACUAUAGUAGCGCUCUAUAUAGGGAAUCAGGCUGGUUUAGCUAGGCUACUAUAGUAGCGCUCUAUAUAGGGAAUCAGGCUGGUUUAGCUAGGCUACUAUAGUAGCGCUCUAUAUAGGGAAUCAGGCUGGUUUAGCUAGGCUACUAUAGUAGCGCUCUAUAUAGGGAAUCAGGCUGGUUUAGCUAGGCUACUAUAGUAGCGCUCUAUAUAGGGAAUCAGGCUGGUUUAGCUAGGCUACUAUAGUAGCGCUCUAUAUAGGGAAUAGGGUGCCAUUUGCGACGCACCUUGUUUUAUAGCUUGUUUUGGAAUGUUUCCUGUUUCCCUGGCCUGGAGGACUGUGAUUGGUUCGUUCUGCUGUUUGAGGAGGGAUUUGUAUGUGCGUAAAUAACUGUUCGCUUUUGUACUGUAAUUUUUCAUUUGAGUAUUAUAUCAGCAGUGUCUGAUUUUACUGUGCCUUUCAUUCGAAAGUUGUAUUUACAACUUUUUAGUGGGUUUAAAUAUUAAUACAUAUAUAUAUAUAUAUAUAUAUAUAUACAUAUACUUACCUGGUGUGUUGUUGACUUUUCUGUCAAUCGCUGACUCUCUGUCAUUACCUUCACUCAGGUUGUCACUACAGGUGUUUUCAGGUGUUUUUGACUGCAGGUUAUGAUUGGCCUAAAUUACUUUUCAAAACUCAUUUAUUUAUUUCCAUCACUCACUCUUAUGCCCGACUGUGAGCGCAUCCCGACAGGCGCUUUUCUGCGCCUCCAUUGUAUUUUGACUCUGUUUUGUGUGUAUCUGUAAGUGUGUGCUAGUUGUGUGUGGCUCAACUUUGUUAACACUCACCUGACCCUAUCCCGCUGUGACCCGCUCCCGACCCUAACCCGCUGUGGCCCGCACCCGCCCGCAAUUGCUAAUAACCCAUCCACAGCCGCCAGACUAUAUGUGAUGAAGUGAAAUGUGUGGCCCGCACCAGACCCUAACCCGCUGUGUCCCGCUCCAGACCCUAACCCGCUGUGUCCCGCACCAGACCCUAACCCGCUGUGUCCCGCUCCAGACCCUAACCCGCUGUGGCCCGCACCAGACCCUAACCCGCUGUGGCCCGCACCAGCUCUUAACCCGCUGUGUCCCGACCCUAACCCGCUGUGGCCCGCACCAGACCCUAACCCGCUGUGGCCCACACCAGACCCUAACCCGCUGUGUCCCGCACCAGACCCUAACCCGCUGUGUCCCGCACCAGACCCUAACCCGCUGUGUCCCGCUCCAGACCCUAACCCGCUGUGUCCCGCACCAGACCCUAACCCGCUGUGUCCCGCACCAGACCCUAACCCGCUGUGUCCCACACCCGCUCUUAACCCGCUGUGUCCCGAACCUAACCCGCUGUGUCCCACACCAGACCCUAACCCGCUGUGACCCGCACCAGACCCUAACCCGCUGUGGCCCGUACCAGACCCUAACCCGCUGUGGCCCGCACCAGACCCUAACCCGCUGUGGCCCGCACCAGACCCUAACCCGCUGUGGCCCGCACCAGACCCUAACCCGCUGUGUCCCGCACCAGACCCUAACCCGCUGUGACCCGCACCCGACCCUAACCCGCUGUGGCCCGCACCAGACCCUAACCCGCUGUGGCCCGCACCAGACCCUAACCCGCUGUGGCCCGCAACCGACCCUAACCCGCUGUGGCCCGCAACCGACCCUAACCCGCUGUGGCCCGCACCCGACCCUAACCCGCUGUGGCCCGCUCCCGACCCUAACCCGCUGUGGCCCGCACCUGACCCUAACACGCUGUGGCCCGCACCAGACCAUAACCCGCUGUGUCCCGCACCAGACCCUAACCCGCUGUGUCCCGCACCAGACCCUAACCCGCUGUGUCCCACACCCGCUCUUAACCCACUGUGUCCCGAACCUAACCCGCUGUGUCCCACACCAGACCCUAACCCGCUGUGACCCGCACCAGACCCUAACCCGCUGUGGCCCGUACCAGACCCUAACCCGCUGUGGCCCGCACCAGACCCUAACCCGCUGUGGCCCGCACCAGACCCUAACCCGCUGUGGCCCGCACCAGACCCUAACCCGCUGUGGCCCGCACCCGACCCUAACCCGCUGUGGCCCGCACCAGACCCUAACCCGCUGUGGCCCGCACCAGACCCUAACCCGCUGUGGCCCGCUCCCGACCCUAACCCGCUGUGGCCCGCACCCGACCCUAACCCGCUGUGACCCGCACCCGACCCUAACCCGCUGUGGCCCGCUCCCGACCCUAACCCGCUGUGGCCCGCACCUGACCCUAACCCGCUGUGGCCCGCACCUGACCAUAACCCGCUAAUAGAGAAAAUGUUUCUGCUUAUAAUUUGACAUUUUGUUUGGCUAUUUGUCAACUUGUCUAAAAUCAGAUACGUGCAGUUUCUCUUCUGUCAUUAUAUGUUGCCCUCGAAGAAUAAAUAAACCUUUGCUCACCUGAA